UCAUCGUAUCCCGCUUUAAUUAGCUUUGUGGCGUCGUCGUGUUCAGUCGUUAUCCCAGUGAAUCCCUCAAAAAUUAGCUUUUUGGCGUCGUUUUAAUAUCUUGCACGUGAGAGGAAUUUAUAGUGUGCUUAAAAUAUUUUACCAUGGCUGACAUUGCUAAUAUUUUAAGACAACUUGCCAGUGAAGUUGACCGUGGUUCUCACUCCAGUGUCCCAGAUCGAACAGUAACUCCGUCUGGAACAACACAAGGACAUAACGCCGUGGACGUUGAAGUUAAUAGACUUUUCACAAACUAUGCAGCAGAAGCCAGCAGGAGAUCUUCAAGUCAUCGUAGUCGUUCUGCAAGACCUCGCAGUAGCUUCACGAGAGUGUUCUGCUGCUUAAGUAGCAUGACACAAUAUGUAACACCAACAAAGUUUGAAAAGGAGGAACUGGACGCUGCAGACUUGGAGAGAAAAAAGUCACAUUUUUCGGUGACGAAAAUGAUGCAGAAGAUUUUAGAAACUACAUACUAACGACAUAUCCAAAACUUGGUGACUGUGGGGGAUUUGAGAUUUUAAAACCAUCAGGCAUGACCCGAUCUAGGAAGCUGAUGGUUUUGCCUUGCCCAAACACAGGAUACACAAUUAAGACUCUAAAAGAAAAUACAGGACAUGCUGUCAUCUACAUACGCCCCAUGCAAAAAGACAUAGAUCUGUCCAGUUCUGUUGCCUGCAAAUCUCCCAUUCUUGGGCCAAUGGAGAGAUGUCUCUUCUGUGAGAAAGAGUUCAAUUUUAAUGAACUUAAGGUUCACAUUGAGAGCUGCAGGCCAAGGGCUGCAUGUUCAAAUCACAUGUCACCAACAUCAGAAAAUGAUCACAAUGAACAUGCAUCAGGCAGUGAUUCAUUAAUCGACUUAACGGAUGAUACAACUGACAUGGAAUCCUUAAGUGAAUGGCGGAAGAUUCGUGAGGAGCAGGAAGAGGAAUACAAUCAGUCUUUAAUAGCAGACCAAGCCAAAGAUCUUCAGAAGAUGAAUACUGAAGAAGCCGAAAAGAGACGCAGAAAGGCUAUAGAUGAGAGAAGAGCACGAAUGGCAAGCUUACCUGAACUUGCUCAUGGUGUGCCACUUAAAAUAAAAUAUCCAAGUGGCUUGAUGAGGACCAGGAAAUGUAUGUUAUGUGAACCAAUUCAGGCAUUGUUUGACUUCGUUGGAGAGGUGGAGGAUGCUACAGAAUGGUUCAAUAUCCAGGAAGCCUUAUCACCACCACUUAGAAAUGACACACGUGGAACCAUUUUUGGAAGACAUAUCAGAGGGCCAACCACACUUUAUGUCCAGUGGAUUUCUGCCGAAGAUGCAGGGGUAGAUUUACAGAAUGUUAUUUUGUUUAUGCAGACCAUUCCUACACCCAAUGACAACCAGGUAAAAGAGGAUUGUGAUUCUGGGACUGUCAGCCUAUUGGAUCAACAGAGCACCUCUUAUGAACAGCUGACAUCUUUCUCCCCUCGAUCAGAGCAGGAAAAGACUGUCCAGAAGACCAACCUCCAAACAAUACUGAGUUGCCUUUCAGCCAAGAUUGAUGAUGAUAGUCCCACUAGUAACCAGAUCAAUGUUGUAAGGGAUUACAAAGGCAAUACCCACAACAUACUGAGAAGCGCAGUUCAGGCUUUUAGUCGGCGCCUUUUUAACCCCGGAGCAAGACUUGAUGUAAUUUUUGUUGAUGAUACAAAAACAGCAGAGGGGGCUGUGGACAGUGGUGGUCCAACUAGAGAGUUCCUCAGAUUGCUCCUUAAGGCUGUCCAACAGUCUAGUAUAUUUGAGGGCCCUGAAAAUAGUAAGAGGUUGCGGCUUGACAGUGAAGCUUUGCAUAAAGGUCUCUACAGGCAGAUAUCACGAAUGAUAUCAGUUUGUAUAAUUCAUGGAGGAAUGGGGCCACAUUUCUUUUCAGAGAGGCUUUUUCUCCAGGUUUGUGGUAAACCCACCCCUCUUGCAACCUUGGUUGAAGUAGACGAUGAGUCCUUUAAAGAAAUGCUUUGCAAAAUAAAAGAAGCUGAAACUGUUGCAGAAGCCAAAGCUGCCAUUGAGAUGGCAGAAGAUUGCCUGUCCAUUAUUGGAGCCUUUAGAUUCAUUAGUACACUUAAACAACGGGACAUGCUGGUACAGUCAGCUGUGGAGUACUACGUUGAGGGGAGAUGCAAUGCUGCACUGACACAGUUUGUUGAGGGUUUUAACACCCUUGGACUUCUUCAAGAAAUGCAGACACAGACAGAUCUGUUUCGCACCAUAUUUGUUGAAGACAAAAAACCACUGAGAUCAUCAGACCUGACAUCACUGUUUGAAGUAAACCUGUCAGAUCAAGACACCUAUAAGCGAGAACUAGAGACCAGGACUUUGUGCUUCUGGAGAGACUAUAUCAUUGAUGUUGAAGAUGGAGAAUGUUCACCAUUGACGUUGGAGAAUGUGUUGGAGUUUACUUCAGGGUCUUCAGUCAUUCCACCCCAUGGCUUUGUGAAGCAGCCCAGAAUCGAAUUUCUCCAUGACGCACCAGAGAAAAUUUUCCCUGAGGCAAACACUUGCAACAUUGUGUUGCAAUUGCCCAUCCAUUCCAAUUAUGAGUCAUUUAAAACACACAUGAGCAAUGGCAUACUGUGGGCACCAACAUUUGGCAUAGUGUAGUUCAACCCGUGCCUUUAUGGUUUACAAAUUCCUUUAAUGAAAUGUACCUUAUUUACUUGCCCUCAUGCCAUCCUAGGUAUACGUAACUAGCUUUUCUGGAGUAACAUUAGAUAAAAUUCUAGCAGGCCAUAGGUUUGUGUUAUCAGUGAAUCGAGUCAAAAUUCAGUGCCAUUACAAAGCUAUGAACAACCAGAAGAAAAAAGCUGGGUACACCUAGGAUGGCAUGAGGGUGAGUAAAUAAGGUAAUUGUGGGUGGAGUUUAAAUUUAGUAUGGUUGUUUUGAGACAAAAUGAAAUUUUAGUUGAUCAGCCGUUUUAAUGUUCAGUGACAAUUUCUGUCAAGUUCAUACUAAAUGAUUUGCUAAACCUGUAGCUCAGAUAAAUGUAAGCUUAAUUGAUGCAUGUUUAUUUUGUUCAACUUGGCUCAUUCUAACAGUGGCUAUUCUAAGAAACUGUUACACCAUAAGUGAAAUAUACCUCAUGUUUUACUUGCCCUCAUGCCAUGCUAGGUGUAUAUAACUUCCUUCACAAAACACAAUUGGAGUAACAUUAAAAUCCUAGCAGUUCAUAGCUUGAAGAAAGUCACUUACAUGUAGCAUGCUAGAAUAGCAUGAGGACGAUUAAAUCAUGAGGUAAAUUUCAUUUGGGUGAGUUUAAAUUUUAAACAUAGACAUUGUCUACUGUUUUUAUUUGACAAUGAAAUACUACAGUUGUUCAGCUUUUUUAUUGUGCAGUAACAAAGCAUUUUAUCCAGUUCAUGCACAAACAAAUAAAUGAAAUCAACGUG